GUGGCUGCGGCACCAGGCUUGCACUGUCUCAAUGAGAUCGCUAUAAGUACGGGUUGACACCACCGCGUCGCCACCCAUUCCUUGACUCUUUCUAUCAAUGGCUGCUACCCCAAGAGAGAUUGGGACUCUCAUCGUCGUGAUCUUGAAAGCGAGAAACUUACCAAACAAGCGACAUAUUGGGAAACAAGACCCGUAUUGCUCUGUGUCGUAUAAUGGUGAAAAGAGAAGAACCAAGGCAAUUCGUCGCGGUGGUCAACAUCCUGAGUGGGACGAGGAGGUUCGUUUCACCCUUUACGAGGACUCUGAGCCAGAGGCAGUAGUGGCCACCCCCGACGGUGCACCUCCGCCACCCCCACCAAAGAAGGAGAAGGCUCUUCCCAAGAUACGGGGAGGAAAGUUCAUGGGUCUGGCAUGCUAUGCAGAAGAUCUCAGAGAACCUGACUUGAUUGGCGAGACCAAGGUUGAUUUGACCGAGGUCCUCACUAAAGGCGAGACCGAUGAGUGGUUCACGCUCAUGCAUAAGGAUAAAUACAGCGGCGAAGUGUAUCUUGAAUUAACAUUCUGGUCCAAUGAGCCACCACCAGUUAGAAAGGUCUCCCAGAAACCGAAGUCCAAAAAGAAUUAUGGAGGUCCGGGUUCUUUUGUUCCGUCUGGAGACUCUCCUCCCCCGAGCGAUAUUCGGAAUGGUUCUUCGCGUUUGCCUUCUACAGCUGGAAGCGAUUUCAGCCGAGACUCCAUCCCAAGUUCUCUUCGUGUUUCGAGUUCUGCCGCGAAGCUUGACCUUUAUGUCCCACCUUACGAGACGUCCCGCUCUCAGCAGCAUAUUCCAUCGUCUUCCGUGGACAUGAUGACGAAUGAAUUUGCAGAACUUGGCGUACAGAACUCGCACCGAAGAGUCAGUUUUCCGCCCUCGGCAAGCGGCCACCUCCCACGUCCCUCUUCUUCCAUCGGUUUUGCGGAACCACAAAUACCUUCUUAUCAGUCAUACAGUUAUGACCGAAAUUCAUAUUCUGAGAGUGCUUCGAUAUAUUCUUACGAUGGCCCGCCUGCUUCGACGUCAUCUUACCUCUCGUCAGUACAUUCGGGUACAUACCAGGCGCCAUAUGAGUCUUCUGGGUCCGGCUAUCCACCUCCACCACGUCAGCCAAGAUAUAGUAUUCCUCCAUCUUCGUCGGGUUUUCUCCCACUACCCACACCUGCACCAUCUGGAUUUAUGUCCGUACCGUCUCUGCCAUCACAGCCGUCGGGAUUUCUGCCUCCUGCACCUACGCCAGCCUCCUUAGGUUAUGGUGCACAACCGCCUAAUAUCCUAUCGGCAGUCACGCCGGUACCUACAGGCUAUGGACCGCUACCCCCGUCUCAGCCACCCCUUCCAACGUCUAGUUUUUCUCAACUUCCUUUACAUCAUCCCACGCCUUCCCAUUACGUCCCGCCGUUACGGCCUUCCACGUCGUACCAGGCUUUGCCAUCUGCACAGCCUAAUUAUUCGUACCAACAAUAUCCCCCUACUGAUGUAUCCAAUCAACCCCCGCAUUCUCAGCAAAGCGUACCGACUCAUCCAGCGACUUCUGCUCCACCUGCUCCACCCCAGCCUCUACAGCAAUCUUCGAUCCCGCCCCCUCCACCACCACCUCAGCAUUCUUACUCCGUGCCUAUAGAACAUGGCACUGGACCUUUCCCCACUACCCCAUCGCCGACACAUACCUAUGUUCCACCUCCACCUCCUCUGAACGAGAGUCCGCAAAAUAUGGGAUCCAGACCUCUACCUCAACCUGGUCAGAACGGCACCCCCCAAGGCAGUCGAAAGCAGCCUACUCUACCAAUACCUCCAUCAAGUAGCGCAGGAUCACACAGUCCAAGUUCGGCGUCAGCUUUUUCUGCAGCUGCCUUUAAUGGCCAGGUACCUCCCCCUCCUCCACUACCUGGUACGUCUGUCAAUCAGUAUACAGCCGUCCAGCACCAUCCCGCUCCGGGCCCCCCGCCGCCUCUGCAACCUGCCAGUAAUCUGCCUUCGUCCUCGUUCCCGCAGAACCACCAGGUAUCUCCGCAGGGGCUGCCACAAGCAUUGACUCCGGCGCAGCCGCAAGGACAGGCCAGACCAACACGGCGGCCCAGCCUUCCAGCCCCUCCCAUGGGAUAUCCUCCGCAGCAGCAAUUCCAGACUUUACCUCCACCUCCACCGCCUCCUGUUUUGCCUCAGCAGGCACAACAUGAGGUGAUCAGCAUACCUUUUCCAUCGGCCAAUACCAGUCAGGCAUUGUAUCCGGGGCCGCUGCCCAGACCCCCAUCGCAGUAUCUCCCUCACGGUUACCCCGCUUCCGUCUCGGACGGUAAUUGGCAGUACUAAUGACCGGAACAAGUCUCUUAGUGUAAUAUUCGAAUCUGAAAGCCAUCAUUUUUGUCGUAUAUAUUUGAACCGUGUUUCGUCAUCCAUGGACAUCGUUACUUGCAGUCAGUUUGUCGUUAUCUCAUAAUCUUGCCCUUGAUUGUCACGCACUUUAAAAAGAGUUAUGUAGACUUACGCAACGUCGCGUCUAUAGUAUAUAUUCACGGAAUCAUGACGUCUGAGUUUCCGAUCCUGGAGUAGCGU